CAGCAUUUUAUUUUAAUCAGGCUGGACAGGCUAAUGGCCUACCUGCACGGAAUGGAAAUGGGAUGUCAGCUACGCAUUACAUGCCUCAACCUGCCUUUCGACCAGGAAUGGCUGACCCAUCUACGAUGCAACGCAAACGAGCUCAAAGCAAGCAAGGACCACAGCUGAUGGAGGAUAAUGAAGAAGCAUCCGGUGAUGAAUUGGAUGACAUUUCUUCCCGUGAUAUCGCCAUGGCAAGAUACAAGCGAAAUCACGACUAUCUAUCUGAGAUCUUUACACCUUACAAUGCAGCUUCAAUUGUGCCUCCACCCCUUGAUAUCGCACACACCAAGGAGGAGCUUAAUAGCCUUAUUGAAGAACAUGAUACCAAGGUCAAGGAACAAAAGGUUACUCAUGAAGAACGUAUGAAGGCAUUGAAACAAGAAAAAGAGAGUUUCUGGGCAUCUUUGGCUAGUCUAAAUGAAGCAACUAAUGCUCAGGAUAUUGAUGAAGUUACUCUAAAGUAUGGGCAGCAACAGCAGUUAAAAAUUGAGCAUGCACUUCAAGGUGUGUUUGUACGUGAAAUUCCGGGGAUUCAGGACGAGGUUCGUCCGAUGGCCCGUGGAAAUGAACCAGUGGCAGCGGCAUCGGUUUUACCGGACUUUGUACAGGCGUACGACGUUUAUGACAAACAACAACACCCAGCCACAGGGAUGGACAUGUAUACUUACCAGCACGAUUCUAAUGGGCCCACAGAAGAAUCUAAUGACUAUAUGUUUGAGGAAAUGGUAAAUGCAAGCCAGGAAGAUGAUGAUGAUCCAAGCAUGAGUGAGUUCUUAAACACAGCGGACAUGGAGUUUGAUAAAGAUGAGGACGAUCAAUAAAACAGAGAAUUCCU